AUGAAAGAGUCUUUCAAGCUGAAGAACCUCGUUGCGUCCAUCCGAAGCAUCGAGUUGACCUUCUACCGCAUUCAUAUGGUAGCCUUCGUCUUCAUACCGCUCAUAUUCUCAGGAAUUUUCUACGCUUGCAAUGGCAGGUUCCAUAUCAGCUACCUGGAUUCGCUCUUUCUAUGCUACUCCGCAAUGACAUUGACUGGUCUGUCGACGGUGAACUUGUCGACGCUAACCGUGUCGCAGCAGGUCGUGCUCUACUUGCUGAUGAUGGUAGGCGAUAUGUCAACGGUAUCGUGGAUCAUGGUGCUGGUGCGGAAACGCUAUUUCCGAACACACUGUGAAAAUCACCCCGACCGGUCAAAGAUCCUUCCAACACGCAAUGCUUUCCUUGCAUCCAUUUCUUCUCCUAUCAACGCCUUUAGGCCUCACGAUAUUAUCCCGAUAAACGGCGAUCACGCCCCGCAGCUCAAUUUCCAUCAGCCUACGCCGACGGCAACCAUGUCCCCAGCAGUCAACUCUGGCGAGACAGCGUCAACAUCCGUAAAUGGACGAAGAAGCGAGGAGGGCCAUGGUGAUAACGUGUUGUCCGACAUUCAUACCUUCACUUCAUCCUCCGGCACAGCUACCCUCCACCUUUCGCCCGUCCAGAGUCACGGUUUGACUCGACGCAGCGUAGACUUUGACCUCGCGACUUCAAUGACGCCAUCUAUGCACCAGAGAAGGAUGAGUGUUGCCCGCACUGAUAUCCCGCUCAUGGCAAGAUGUAUGACAGUGUUACCCAACCGGGAUACAUCCGGAAAUACGCCUGAAAAUGACGUCCCCGGACCAAUACAGAUCUUCAAGAGACUGUUCAAGCGAUUGGCUCCAGGCGCAUACAAAAGGUUCCAACGCGGGAUGACCGAGCCAUGCACGUCUACUUUGGAGGCCAGGAGAACCAAGUGGCUUAACUUCGACCUAGACAUGGGGCGGAAUUCAGACUUUUACACCGAGACGUUGACGGACGAGCAGUUGAAAAUAAUUGGAGGCGCUGAAUAUCGGGCGUUGAGGGUUCUCAGUUAUCUUGUGCCCAUGUAUUUUGUGACCACCCAGAUUAUCACUUAUCUCAUGUUUGCACCCUGGUUAUCGACUUCUUCGAGCUAUGACAGUGUGUUUGAGGCGCAGCCCCGUCUCGUCAAGAAGCCAUGGUUUUCGCUCUUCCAGGUUAUGGCGGCCUACACCGGGGGCGGUCUAUCCUUGGUUGACCUAGGGAUGUUUCCUUUCCAGACCGCCUAUCUCAUCGUCUUUUCUUUGAUACUUCUCAUCAUAGCAGGCAAUCAUGCCUUGGUGCUAAAAAAAUGGUUUUCCAGAUGGAUAUGUUCCAAAUUUACCGAACCAGGGUCAGAUCUGGACAAAGCAUUGGACUUCCUUCUUCAUCAUCCUCGACGGUGCUUUAUCUAUCUGUUCCCUAGUCAUCAAACUUGGUAUUUGGUGGUCGUUCUACUUCUGAUGAGUUUCGUGGAAUGGAUCGCAUUCGGGGUGUUGAACACCGGAUUGGAGUUUUAUGAAGCUAUGCCGACGGAGGAUAAGAUCGUAUCGGGCUUGUUCCAGGGACUGGCUACGCGUGCAUCCGGAUUUUCGAUCGUCCCUUUGGCUUCAGUUGCUCCUGCCCUCCAGUUCAUGUAUAUGGUAAUGAUGUACAUCGCGGUAUAUCCUGUCGCAAUGAGUAUUCGGUCCACCAAUACGUAUGAAGAAGGAUCGCUUGGCGUAUUCGAAUCCCCGCCUUUGUACGAAGAAGAAUUCGAAGAAAAGGACAAGGAGCUGGGAGAUCGGAAGGACAGGGAGCCUCGCCAGCGUGUGGCGAGGUACCUACGGUGGCACCUGCGCAGACAAAUGUAUGAUGAUAUCUGGUGGAUGGUCUGGGGUGUCCUUCUUAUCGCCAUUAUCGAGCGAGACAACAUCACGGACGACAAUAAGAAAUGGUUCGAUUUGUUCCGAGUACUUUUCGAGGUUGUCGCCGCAUUCAGCGGGAUCGGGUUGAGUCUUGGAUUCCCUUUGGAUAACAUGUCAUUCGUUGGUGCAAUGAGACCGCUAUCGAGGCUUGUCAUCAUCGUGGUGAUGGUACGCGGACGACACCGUGGUCUGCCUGUGGCAAUUGACCGAGCGGUAAAGCUUCCCCAUGAGCUCACACCAAAAGGUAGAAAUGUAGGGAAGGAGAAGGACAAUAGCUCUGAACCGGUGGAAGAGGUUUCCGUUACUAAUGUGUCAUAG